ACGUGCCAACGCUUUUGACGUAACGAAGGAGGGCGUAGCAAGAGUGGGAUGGCAAGUAGCUCAGGCUUGGCUCCCACCAGCAGUACAUCUAGUCAGGAGGGGAGGAAGUCUCCCCUCACACUCAACAGAGAUGAGCUGGCCACCACGUACAAUGCCUUCUUCCUCGAGGCCACACUCACUGCCGAAUACAACUAUUUGACCCAGCACCAUAUAUCUGGAGUCUAUGUCUUACCUUCUGACAUCUCCUCUCUCAUUUGGUAUGGACUGUUGAUAAUCAGGAGAGGACUGUACCAGGGUGCCUUGUUCAAGUUCAAGCUCCUAAUCCCCGCCAACUACCCUGAUGGUGGCUGUCCAGAGCUGGAUUUCCAAACGGGCGUCUACCAUCCAAAGAUAGAGUACGAUACUGGAGAACUAGACACCAAGAAGGAGUUCCCACGGUGGAGGAGGGACAUAAACCAUUUAUACCAACUGCUGGCCUAUGCCAGGAAAAUAUUCCAUCAGAUAGACACCACCAACCCUGUCAACAUUGAGGCUGGAAAACUGUAAGAUAAACAUGCACACCAGCUACAUACAUUUAUAAGCACUAUAUAUGAGUGUGUACACAAGUUAUUCAAUAUGCAGGUACAAAACAGACAUCAACAGCUACAAACAGAAAGUGAAGGAGAGCAUAGAGAAUUGCAAACAAGCCACAAUGAACCCUGACCCUUCAGAUCCACACAGUGUCAAGUAAAACUCCACAGCUCUUUAUAAAAAAUAAAACAAUUUUUUAGUUCUUUUUUCUUCCUUCAGGAUUGGAGAAUGGAGUAUUGAUGUCAUGAAGAAAGCAAGAACAGAAAUAUUUGAACCAGAGUGUCUGCAAGAUGAGAGCAUGGGAAAGAACGCACAGACUUGUGGGCUGUCUUGGGUCAAACCUGGAACUAUCACGCCAUUUAGCAAAGAUGAUUCAUAGUACACUGCAUGCACCAAUUUAAAAACUUUAAAGUCAUGAUCAUGAUUUUAAUACAUCUUUAUGCAUUGCCAAGAAGAUAUUUAAGUCUGCCACCUGGGCUGAAUCUUUGGCCAGU